GCCGACGUGCCGCGCAUGCGCCUUGGCGACUACGUGAGCGGAAAUGUACUUGUUAUGGUUGCAAUUUAACAGAAGAUAACUUAUAUUGAUGGUUGGGUAUGGUUUUAUUCAAACCAUUUUGAUGGAAAUAAGAAUGUACGGCGAUGCAUUUUUCGCGGUUGCAUCUGUAUUAGUGGCUAUAUUAAUUAUACCUAGCGACUGGUCCAUGAAACUUACAAAUGAAUGGACCCAAGAGCCCCAUAUGCGGGUUUUAAGCAGGGAUGAACUAUCAUUGUACGAUGGUGCAAGUGGCAGCAAGGGUCUUUACCUGGCAAUAAUCGGCCAGGUGUUUGAUGUCCAGAAAGGAGACAGGCACUAUGGGGUUAAUGGUGGUUAUCAUGGAAUGGCAGGUAAGGAUGCCUCGCUGGCCUUUAUCAGCGGGGAUUUCACUGAAAGCGGCCUUAUAGAUGAUGUGUCCACCCUGUCUCCUUCGCAGGUGGUCGCUCUGUAUGACUGGCUGGCCUUUUAUCAGAAGGACUACACACCUAUAGGUCGACUGGUUGGUCGAUUUUACACCGAGAAAGGGCUGCCCACAGAGGCCUUGAUGAAGUUGGAGGAAUUACUUUUCGAGGGUCAGAGGCUGAAGUCUCAGUUGCAGGCCGAGAGCCAGAAGUUCCCUUCUUGUAACUCAGAGUGGAGCCCCACCUUGGGAGGAAGAGUGUGGUGCUCAACCAAGAGCGGCGGAGUGGAAAGAUCUUGGGCAGGGGUUCCCAGGAAGCUCUUCUCCCCUGGUUCCAGCCGUUCCCGAUGUGUCUGCGUGGAAGACCCCUCAUCCGGGAGCCCCAACAUGCAGGACUAUCAGGGCUGCCAUCCAGACAGUGACUCUUGUACACUGGAAGUCUAGCCAGUGGUUUAACUUUUAGAGAAUAAAUAAGUAUGUCAGCAUAAAGGCUGUAUAUAUAUUUUGUUUAAACUUUUAUUUAUUUUAAUUCAUUCCAUUGCUCAUUUCUUUUUUCCCUCUUUUUUAUAGCAUUCUUGUACAGUCCAGGUAGCCUGUGAUUUUUCCAGUACUCAUGUUUUGAUGUCUCGUCCAUACAUUUUUUUACUGUAAAAUAUCUUCAAUAUAACUACAAAUAAUCAAGUAAUAUAGUUGAAAGUACGUUUUUUGAGGAUCAUUAAAAAUGCUUUACUGUGA